UGUUGCUAGCAUGUGCGUGGUGUGCAUGAGAAGUGAGAGAUUGUAAACACGUUGGUUGGGGUGGCAAGUACGAUCAACUCGAAGGAAGAUUAUUAACUGAAGAAUAUAUUGUGAAGCGAUGGCCGAAGCAGCAGUAAUAUCCGCUCCAAAGGAGGGUGGAGGCGGGCGCAAUAAAUUUAGAUCAAAGCGUCGAAAUAAGGAUUCACGGUUCUUAUCAAACGCAAGAGGUUUCGGUAAGAAAGGCAUCUACGGACGGGGAACCCAAAUUGAGCAGGAAUCCUUCUCAUAUUUUAUAAAUAUCUCGGAUGCCAUAAGGCAAGGUUUCGAGAAUUUAGAAGAUAAAGUCACUAUGGCUAACAAUGUAUUCGAACAGACCCAUGACCAGGAAGUUCAUCUUUCUUCGAACCAAGUCGUAUCCAAAGUCAUAGAAAACUUAAUUGCCUUCGCGGAACCUGAACAUUUCGAACGGUUUAUGAAAGCAUUCGCUGAGAAUUUCCGCCCGAUAUGCUCUGAUAGUUUUGCCUCGCAUGUGCUGCAGAAAAUGGUCGAAGUUAGUUUCCUGCGCGCGGAAUAUUACAAGAAAGCAACGAACAAACAAGAUCCUGGCGAUGAACCUGUGACGAAACGAAGAAAGGAGGACAAAUUAUCCGAGGAAGUUUACAACACAACAAACAAAUUCUCCGAGGAUCACCGCAAGAACUGUUCCGAAUUUGUUUUGAAAAUUGGCAAGUUCCUGUUGAAUAAUUUGGAAGAUUUCGUGUGGGAUCCGUGCGCAAAUCACAUAAUCAGAACAAGUAUCUUAGUUUUGGCCGGCAUUCGUAAGAGGAAAGUGGCGUUUGAAAGGAACACACAAAUCGAAAAGCAAGAAAAGGCGGUGGAAGUCCCGAAUGAAUGGAGUGAGGUAGUGACGGAGUACAUAGAUCGGUUGCAGAUGUGGCCUCAAUUCUCAGAAUUUGCCUAUAAUAUGCUCGCUGCUCAGAUGCUGGCGCACAUUAUGAUGUCAUUACGGGCAGUUGAUAAAAGUAAACUGAAACAUGUGGGGAAGAAAAUUCUAAUGGAGUCCUUCUUGAAAGUCGACGAGGAGGAUGAGAAGAAGGAAAAGGUGGUGAUAAUUGACGAUGACAAUGAUGCGAAGACGAGUAAGAAUAAGGAGAAUAUGGAAAAUGAUGUAGUUGCGUUGCCUAAGGUUUUCACGCAGACGGCUUCAGCUAGCUUACUCGAAACAUUGCUGACAGUGGCAGGCCCCAAGUUGUUUACCCAGUUGAAUGCAAUGCUUUUUACUGGUCGGAUAAAGUUACUGGCAUUAAAUAAGCUCUCAAAUUUCGCAGUGCAAAAACUGAUCGAGAAUGUUAAAGAAAAAGUCGAAUUUGAAUCAAUCUUUGACGAAUUAAAUACGAGUAUAGAAGAACUGUUGAAAGUAGGACAUACCGGAGUAGUCGAGGCUCUAGCAAGAAGUUGUAUACGCCUUUCGACGAAGCAAGGAUCCUUUGUCUCAUCACUUUUAACAGCACUACACAUUUCUGGCACCAAGGAGAGGUUUGAUUCACUAGUCAUCUGCAUCCUGAAGCUGAAGCCUUAUGAAAUUGCUAUAGAAGACAAAUCACAAUACAUGCACGUCCACGGUUCGUUGAUCUUGCAACACAUGCUUGAAUUCAGUAAACCUAUUAAAUUAGUACAAAGUAUACUCGAAAUGCCAUCGAAUGAUCUAGCGACAAUAUUUUGCUCACCAGGAGGUUCAUAUAUUGCAGAUGCGUUUAUAAAAAGCAAAACAAUUGGAGAAAAGUCGCGAGAAAAAUUACUAAAACAUUUGGAAAGAAACUAUUUAGAUAUGGCCGUUACUAAAUUUGGUUCAAGGGUGGUCGAAAACCUAUUUGAUAUUGCAAAUGAUGGACAGAAAGUUCGUAUUGCCAAGGAAUUAGCAGAUAAAGUGAAUCAAUUAAAUGGGACGAUGUUUGGGAGCGUUAUUCAUCAGAAAUUGCGUAUUCAAACGUUUCAACUGAGCGUAUCACAAUGGAGGGCUGCUUUCAACAGAGCGAAGAAAGCUGAAACUUUAUUCAAAGAUAUAAUAAAUUAGUUUAUUGAUUCAGAAUUUUGUGUAUAAAACGGUAUUUGUUUAAUGUUGAAUAAUUUUAUAUAUAUAAAAAGUUUUAAUAAAUAUAAAACCUUAGCUAAUAAUGCGUUUAUAUUUGAAUAAUUUAGCAUUGUUUCGAAUGGCGACAUGCAUCCUGUAAUUAUAUCAACGCAAUUGAACCAAUUAAACCGAAUAGAAAAAUGAAA